CGAUGGCCAUGGCCGGGGCACUGGCAGGUCUGGCCGCGGGCUUGCAGGGCCCAAGGGUCGGCCCCAGCCCGGACUCGGACUCAGACACAGACUCGGAGGACCCGAGUACCCGCCGCAGCGCCGGCGGAUUGGUCCGCUCGCAGGUCAUCCACAGCGGUCACUUCAUGGUGUCGUCGCCGCACAGCGACACGCUGACCCGGCGGUGCGACCAGGAGGGGCCCGUGGGGCUCGCAGACUUCGGGCCGCGCAGCAUCGACCCCACACUCACCCGCCUCUUCGAGUGCAUGAGCCUGGCCUACAGUGGUAAGCUGGUGUCUCCCAAGUGGAAGAAUUUCAAAGGUCUCAAGCUGCUCUGCCGAGACAAGAUCCGCCUCAACAACGCCAUCUGGAGGGCCUGGUAUACCCAGUAUGUGGAGAGGAGGAAGAGCCCCGUGUGUGGCUUCGUGACCCCCCUGCAGGGGCCAGAGGCUGACGUGCACCGGAAACCAGAGGCCGUCAUCCUGGAGGGAAAUUACUGGAAGCGGCGCAUCGAGGUGGUGAUGCGCGAGUACCACAAAUGGCGCAUCUACUACAAGAAACGGCUCCGUAAGUCCAGCAGGGAAGGGAAUCUCCUGGCCCCAAAGCAGGCGGAAGGGGGGUGGCAGCCACCUGAGCGAUGGUCUGAGCAGCUCUUCUCCAGCAUGGUGCCUGUGCUGCUGGGGGGCCCAGCGGAGGAGCCCGGUGGGCGGCAGCUUCUGGACCUCGGUUGCUUUUUGUCGGACAUCUCCGACACGCUCUUCACCAUGACUCAGCCCAGCUCCACGCCCCUGCAGCUGCCCCCUGAGGACGCUUACGCUGGCAAUGCUGACAUGAUCCAGCCGGAACUGACACCUCUGCAGCCCAGCCUGGAUGACUUUAUGGAGAUCCCAGAUUUCUUCAACAGCUACCGCCCCCCACAGACAGCCGCGCCUUCAAACUUCCUGGAGCCUCCCAGCUUCAGUCCCAUGGCUGACUCCCUAUUCAGCAGUGGGGUCCUGGGCUCAGAGGUGCCCCCUGCCUCCUCGGGUAUGACCCACCUCUCAGAGCAUAACCGCCUGCAGGCUCGGAGCAGCGGCCCUGGCUCCCUGGACUCCAGUGCCUUCCAGAGCUCUGAUUUCCUCCUUUCUGAAGAUCCCAAGUCUAAGCUCCCACCCUGUCCCACAUCCCCACCCCUCCUCCAAUACCCUGGCCCUGCCAAAGGUCCUGGCCUUGAGCCCUGUCCCCUACCCCUCUUCCCUUCCAUGGCUCUGCCCCCUGCUGUGCUGCAAGAAGAAACUCUCUUCUCUCCCAAAUUCUCCUUCCCUGCUGUCCCUCCUGCAUCAGGAGUGUCUCCGCUGCCGGCUCCUACAACCUUCCCUUCCACCCGACAGCCUGGCCCAGGCCCUGUCCCCUCCCACUUCCCCAUGGACCUUCUAUCCUCCGGGUAUCCAGAGCCCCCAUUUGGGCCUCACUUCACAGUGCCCCAAGACGUGCAGCCCAGAAGCAAGCCCCCCACCCCACCCCUUAGGGGGCGGAAGCCCAGCCCUCCCACCUUGGCCCCUGGCACUGCCCGGGGCCACAGCUCCUGCCUCCCGCAGCUGCUCACAGCAGCCAAGCCUGAGCAAGCCCUGGAGCCGCCUCUUGUGUCCAGCGCCCUCCUGCGGCCCCCAGAAUCCCCGGUAAGAUGGCGUGCAGUGGGAGUGGGGGAGCCUCGGAGCUUCACCCCAACUCUCCGCCCUUCUCCACCCCAGCAGGAGACGGUCCCUGAAUUCCCCUGCACCUUCUUUCCCCUGACUCCGGCCCCCACACCACCCCGGCCACCUCUGGGCCAAGCCACACUGGCCCCUCCCAGGCCCUUGGUUGUCCCCAAAGUAGAGCGGCUGUCACCCCCAGCACCCAGCGGUGGUGAACGGCGACUGUCUGGGGAGCUGAGCUCCAUCCCGGGCCCAGGGACCCUGAGGGUUCGAGUCUCUACUCCUCAACCUGCCCUAAGCAGGGGCCGUCCAGACAACAAGAUUGAGAACCGCCGCAUCACACACAUCUCUGCAGAGCAGAAGCGGCGCUUCAAUAUCAAGUUGGGGUUUGAUACCCUGCAUGGGCUGGUGAGCACGCUCAGCACCCAGCCCAGCCUCAAGGUCAGUAAAGCAACCACCCUGCAGAAGACAGCUGAGUACAUCACCGUGCUGCAGCAGGAGCGGGCGGCCUUGCAGGAGGAGGCCCAGCAGCUACGGGACCAGAUUGAGGAGCUCAAUGCUGCCAUUAACCUGUGCCAGCAGCAGCUGCCAGCUACUGGGGUGCCCAUCACACACCAGCGUUUUGACCAGAUGCGAGACAUGUUUGAUGAUUAUGUCCGGACCAGAACACUGCAAAACUGGAAGUUCUGGGUAUUCAGCAUCCUCAUCCGGCCUCUGUUUGAGUCUUUCAAUGGGAUGGUGUCCACGGCAAGCUUGCAGAGCCUUCGUCAGACGUCGCUGGCCUGGCUGGAUCAAUACUGUUCCCUGCCUGUUCUCCGGCCAACUGUUCUGAACUCCCUCCGCCAGCUGAGCACAUCUACCAGCAUCCUGACGGACCCAGGCUGUAUAGCCGAGCAAGCCACACGGGCAGUCACAGAGGGCACCCUUGGCAAACCGCUAUAGUGGUGACCAGACCCUGCCAUUCACUCAACUGCCUUGGGGCUACUUUCCUUGUGCAUAGGUUCUUCCUUCUGCCCCAGGCCCUGGCUGUCCCUUUUCCUGAGAGUUAAGCAGGACCCUAGCCUCUUUC